AUGGGCGUCGAACCAACAGCAAGCCCCCAGAGUGCUCGUACAAUCGUCCCUAGUCCGCCUCCCCUAGCAAAUCAAGCUACGAUCUCGGGCUCUCCACGUCCUAUCAGCGUGCAGGAAAACAGUGACUCGUCGAAGUACAUCAAGCAAAAAAACCUAGGAGAUGAUAAUCUCAAAUAUUUAGAGAAAAUGUUUGUUCGUCUUUUGGGUGACGAACUUGGCCGCCAACUCUGA